GUCGUUCUCUCAUUAUUUUUUUAAUGUUUUUUACUCCAAGUUUUUUGUACAAAAAUACGUUUCAUUUUUAUUCCAUGAAUUUCUUCAAAAUAGAGGAGUCGAAAUUCUCGUAAAAUGCCUCGUGAAUUGGAUGACGCGGUGCAUGAUCCCUUAAAUUUUUGCUGCCAAGAACCCCAGGAUCGACGUCGCGGUGCGAAAACCUCGAAGGGGAGAAGAGAGAAGAAAAACAGCUUUGAAAAUUUAAAAAAUCAUCGGGAUUUCAAGUUGCAUAAUUAUUCGUCCCACGAUUGUCCCUUCCAAAAUUUCAGAAAACAAGACAGAGAAGAUAUGAGAUUGAUGGUAGCUUCCGAUGAACAACUGGAAACUCAAUUACACCCUCGAAAAUUACGAAAGCACAAGUCUCGUAGCCCUCAUACAUUGUCGAAGAAUCUAAAACAUCUGCCGGAUCCUUGCAGUCACGAUUUCGACAUGCCUGAGCCCCCCCACUGUGGGGAGCGAUGUUCGGGGAAGCCCCCAGAGAAGUCGUUGAAGAAGAAUAAAGAAGAAAUCGCCCAUGACUGCAUAGAGGCUGGAGAUGAGAAGAACGAUUUCAUGAGGUCUCAAAAGAGACGAAACUGGAAAGACAAGGGGAAACUCCGAGCCCAGAAGUAUUUGAGGGAACUAGAAGACUUUAAGGACGAGAUCUAUCCCUUCGGGCAGGUGCAACGAUUCAACGAUGAAAGAAUGAGAGACCCGUUGAAUUCGACGAUGUGUCCGCGGACAUCGCAACCUAGAGAGGACUCUGACCUAGAUAAUGACGAGGAGGAGGAGGAGAACAGACGUCUGGAAAGGGAUUUGGCGGAGAUAUCAUUCUGCGAGCCCUGCGCGCAUCCUAAGCGAAUGGUAAAAGCCCCGGAGACGCCUACGAGUGUAACAGAGACUUCAAUUGCUGAGGAUAUGGAGGGAAGGGGUCAAAGGAAUGUGCGAGACAGCCCCCUGAACAAUAAGAAACGUCUUCAGCAGACACACGACGAUUUGGCUUCGACUGAUGCCUCCGCCUCGGAAAAUGACGAGGGUGAUGAAGAUACUCUCAGAGCUCCUCCACACAUUGAUCAAAACAGUCCCUAUUUUCUCGAUUAUCUGAAGAAUUUGCGUUGGCGAUAUAUAAACCUCAUCCAAAUUGAUCUAAAUCGUCUUUACAAAUUUGAACAAUUUCUGGAGUCUGUGACAGACGAACAUUUGAAAUCAGGGGAUGCACGUGGUGCCGAGAAAGGACGACGCGUGACUCAAGCUCCUAUAUUACGUUGAUAAACUUU